AGCUAAUAAUAUAUAAAUGAGGCCUUAACCUAUAUUAGUAUUAUAACUAAGGCGAACACAGAACGAUCCACCGUAAUAACAGUUUAAGUAUAAAAUAAUAAAAUUCAUAUAAUUAACAAAAACAAACAUUUAGAUUGAUAAUACAAUAAUAAUAAUAUAAUGAUACGACCUGAUACCGGUGAUAUGGCACCGAGAUGGAACAACUGGUCUAAUGCCGGGUCCACACAGAGACGACACAGAAACAAAACAAAAACCAAACUCAAACCCUUCUUUUUGAAGUUUGAAAAAAAUAAAACACAAACAAAACAUGUGUCCAUACUGAGUUGAGGAAAAAUUAAACAAAACAUGAACAAAAUUCAAACAUUUGUUCGUGUUUUGUUUUUGUUUUCAACUAUCCAUACAGAAAUAUAAACUCGUCAUAUUAUUUCGUUCAUCCGUGGUCAUUCAGUAUUUUAGUCUGUCUUCAGAGUUCUAGUCUUCGUACUUACAAGUUUUUUAAAUUUUUUUUACUGUGAGUGAAAAUGUGGAAAUUGAAAAGAGAUAUUGAAGACGAUGAAGAUUUACUUAUGUUGGGUGCUGGGUAUAUUUACCUACAGUUACGAAGCAAAAAAAAAAAUAAUAAGAUUAAAAGACGUUUUUGGGUAAGACCAACUUUACAAAAAAGAAAUUUGUUUGGUGUCGAUGAACUUCUAAAGAAUUUACAAGAUGAUGAUAUUGGUUUGAAUGGAGAAUUGCGAUCUAGCUUUAAAAACUUUUUGAGGAUGUCAACUGAAGAUUUCGAAAACUUAAUAUGUCUCAUUGGUCCAGCAAUCCACAAACAAAAUACUAAUUGGAGAACUGCUAUUAGUGUGACUGAACGUUUAGCUCUGACUUUAAGGUUCUUGGCAACGGGAGACUCUUACCAUAGCAUGAUGUAUCAAUUUAAAAUAUCUACUCAGUCAAUAUCACGUAUAGUUCCGGAAGUUUGUGAAGCAAUAGUCAAUGCUCUGUCGGAGUAUAUUAAGAUGCCUUCAAGCUCAGAAGAAUGGAAAAAAAUAGCUAUUGAUUACAAUAAAAUUUGGAAUUUUCCUCAAUGCGUCGGAUCUAUGGACGGAAAACAUGUUGUUAUUGAAGCACCAAUACUAAGUGGAAGUGAUUUUUAUAAUUAUAAAGGCACAUUCAGCAUUGUACUAUUUGCUAUUGUAGAUGCUAACUAUAAUUUUAUUUACGUUAAUGUUGGUUGUCAAGGCCGUAUAUCAGACGGAGGAGUAUUUAAAAGUACUGGAUUCCAAAAGCUCAUGGAAAAUUCUACUUUGAACCUUCCAGAUAAAAGAGCGCUGCCAGGUCGCGACAAAUUGAGCCCAUAUGUUUUUGUAGCUGAUGAUGCUUUUCCUCUUUCACCCAAUAUAAUGAAACCCUAUAGCGGACAUCAGCCUAAAGCUUCGAAAAACCGUAUAUUCAAUUACCGUCUCAGUCGUGCUAGGAGAGUUGUAGAAAACGUAUUUGGUAUAAUGGCGUCAAUAUUUAGAGUAUUUCGAAAACCUAUGCUACUGCAACCGGAAAAAGUUGAUAAAAUAGUAUUGGCUUGUGUUCAUCUUCAUAAUUAUUUAAGAAAACAUUCUUCGAAAACCACAUACAACCCACCAGGUACAUUUGAUUCAGAACAAUUAGAUAAUGGAACAGUAGAAACAGGAUUAUGGAGAAGAGAACAUCAGAGUUUACAAUCAUUUUUACCUAUUCAUCAAGUUCCCCGAAAGUCAUCGAUCGAAGCUGCAGAAGUAAGAGACGAAUUUAGUGAAUACUUCAUCUCACAUGAAGGUGAAGUUCCAUGGCAAUUAAACUAUUGCUAAUUUUGAAAACACUAUUAUUAAUAUAUUUUUUUAAAAUAUAUUUUACUACGAAAAAUAUUACUACGAAUAAACUAUUGUUGUUCAAAGGUUUCAACUAAAUUAAACACUAAAUAUUUCGAAUUAUUAUUAUCAUUAUUAUUUUUAAUUGUUAUUGUAAGGUAGGUAUACUUAAUAGCGAAGUAACGUAAAAAUUAUAUUUUUUUAAACAUAUUGGAAAGAAUUUAAAUU